AGAUCUUGGAACAUAACUGAAUAGCCCAAUUCAUAUCCAGCUCAGCGCCUAAGGAUUACGGAUCUUUCGCAAACUCUUCAGUACGCCGGCGUAUUCCAAAAAAGCAAUAUGUCUCGCCCCUCGCGCUCCGCGCGCGCGUAUUCUGACUUCGACUACGACGAUCGAAGCCGUUAUAGAAGCCGGAUGAAUCGUCAUGAAGAUUCAGAUGACAGCGAUGCACCCACUGUGGUAGACUCUCGUCGGCCUGCACCUUCGGCGAGAGACGAUCGGCGCUACAACAGACAUCGCCAACCGUCAUCCCCAUCACGAUAUUCAUCCGCUUCUGACCGGCGAUCGUACGCAUCAGAUCAGCGUUCCUCUUAUCCUCGGUCGAGAGCUGGUCGUGAACCCUCGUCUUCCUCCACCUUUUAUUCGAGCGCCUCGACUGCCCCUAGGGCCCAGAGUGAGCCGCGCCGCGAGGAUGAUAAAAGAGGAAAGAUUGCGCUUGCAAUGGGCAUAUUCGCCGUUGGUGCUCUAUGGUGGAUGUCCAAGAAUAGGAGUGAGCACGGUGGUCGCCAGCAGCUGGUCGAGAGGAGACGCAAUUUCGAUAAAGAGAAGGCACGCCGGCGACGUGAAGAAGAAGACAGGGAGCGGCGAGAGGAAUGGGAGGAUGACCGUGUCGCUGAGGAGGAGAGCACAAUCGUGUCUCGUAGCCGGAUGAUAGACUACGGGCCUACAAGAUCACGGUCAAGGGCAGCUUCACGGUCGAAUCUCGAUGAGCGCAUAGACGAUCGAAGCCGUUCUAGAAUCCGUGACGACGACGAGAACGAAGAUCAGACCGAAGGUAGAUCCUCUGAACGUACGACAGGAGAUUAUCGAAGUAGGAGCUCGCAUAAUCAGUCCGUACGAUAGCUUAUAAUCGUCUCUAAUAUUAAUCAAAUUAUAUCCUUAAUAC